AAUUUGAUCCGUCUAAAUUUAAUAAUCCACCAACUCCGUUUGAAGAAUCACUUUACUUUAAAAAUGCUUAUUAUUUAUCUCAACCUCAAAAUGACAGAAAUAUAUAUGUUUGGAAGUUUAAUAGGGUUAUCAAGCAUUCAAUAAAUCCGUCCGAUAUUUUAAGUUACUUUGGUUAUACAUCUAAAUACGAUACGCAACCAUAUAUUGAAUCAAGUAUACAAAAUAUCCCAUUUCCGAAUAUGUUUUUUAAUGCAAAUUUUUCAUCUAAUCAGGCUGCGAAAGGGAUUUAUUAUGCAAUGAUACAAUUGGUCACAGAUUCUUAUGUUGUAAGGGAAGAAAAAGAACAAAGUUUUUCAAAUAAUAAUAAUAGAGGCAAAUCUAUUUUAAGUUUACUAGGUGUUAUUGGUGGUAUUUGGAGUUUCAUGGCAGCUUUUUAUGUAUUUUUAUUUGGUUUUGGUUUAAUUUCUCCAUGGGGUAUUGUACAAAAAUCGAAACUAUUCAAAAAUAAAUAUAAGAAAAAACUCUCACCAUUUGCGUUGGAUUUGCAAUCUGAUGAACCUGAUAAUGAAGAAAAAUCUGACGCCAAAGAAUAUGAUAUUUCCUCAAUAAAAAAACAACUUGAUAAUUUAACAAAGAGGGUUCAAUUUUAUGAAAGUAUUAUCGAUAUUUCAUUAUUAGAUUAUGUUAAAGACUGA